AUGGCUCUUCUGUAUAUCUCUCAUAUCAAACAAAGUCUAAGCAAGGGUAUGAUCCUGAGGUACAGUGGGUGGAGCAGCAAUUUAAAACUGAACAGUUAUGAUGAAUUUGGUGGUUGGCUGCCUCUUCUGGCUUCCUGCUGUUGGUUAAGAGGAAUUAUCAUUUUUGUCUUGAACAUCUACUGUACCAGAUCACUCAUGCUCAUUAGAAGGAAGAUCAGGAGAAGAGAAAUCAAAAGGAAAUAUGAGAAUGAAAGGUAUAGAGCCAUUCCUGAUGCCAGGCCAAUACAUUCUGCACUUAAUGCCAUGGUGUAUCGAGAAGGGGAACUUGAACCUAGAAUAUUUUAA